UCUGUCACCAAUCUCCCAACGAAUCUCUGUGACUGUCUAUGACUGACAUGUCUUGAUAAAGAACGAUAAGGAAGAAAAUUUCGGUCGUGAGUUAACGUAUUUUUCUUCGAUGAUUACCUCGAGUCAUCCGAUUAUCUAGACAGAUUGUAACUUUCGGAUAAUCAGCGAACUGAACAAUAAGCACCUUAACUGGAGCGGAAUAAUUUUGUCGGCGGACGUUGACAGGCAAGGUAACAUAACCUAUGACACCGGAUCCAACGAAGGCGCGUCAUUGUUUGGACGUAAUCUCUCUCGAAGUAAAAAUUAUUUCAGGGGAACAAGUGUUUUGGUUUUGAUAAAAAAGAAGUAUCACGGUAUGAUGACCUAGGAGGGAAUAGCACUGCGGGAACAGUGGUUCCGUCUUGAAUCUUACAGCCGCUAGUUUUACUAGAGAAGCGCAGCUGUUAUCUUCAAGUAUUCCGUCUCACAGCUCAAAUGUCGAUCGACAAUGGCUUUGACAGGCCUUUCGAGGAGUUUGAACCUCCACAGUGGGAUGCGCUCAGAAAUGUUUGCCGUGCCAAUAUCGAGUAUUUUUCGUCGCAUCAAGAUGAAAAUGGGCUACGGAUAACGGCGGGACUGUUGGCUAUACUGGAUAACGUGGAUGCAUUAGGACCGUUAUAUAAAGAAAUAGCUAAAAUUGCUCCGUUGUUCGAUUUCAAUGAAAACACUCCAGGAAAUGGUUACAGAAGUUUCUUAAUACUGGUGGAGAAAGGUAUUUUACAUUGUGGCUCCAUUUGCCGGGAUUUAUACUGCCAGAAGGACUCUAUGCUCUUUAAAAAGAAUAAUUACUCAAAGGAAAUUGAAGCAUGUUCUCAAUUAAUUGCAUCGCUAACUACUUGUUUACAACAUUUGAAAACCUUACAUUCAUGGAGUGGGGUAACCAGCUGUGGAAGAAAGUCGUUAUUCCCAGGUGAUGAUCAUAGUCCUCAAGAAUUAUUAAGUCAUGCUGAAAAUGUUAACCAAUACUGUUUUUAUGGCAGAUGUCUAGGCUUUCAGUAUUCUAGUAAUAUGAGGCGCAUUUUGACUGUAAUAUCAACUAGUAUGGCUUCGUUCAGUGAAGUUUUCUAUGCCAAUGGUGGAUACUUACAAAGGUUCACCAACUCUGUAAAAUAUUUCCUAGAUCCAGAAUUACGAGCUCGUCGUCUGGUGAAUCUGUUUCAACAUGCAGACGUAUCAUUUUGCAAAUCGUUCUGGUACAUCAAUGAAAGUGAAUUUUUUAAGAAUGUCAUCACCAUUGGAAUGCCAUCGGUGUUAAUAAAUCAAAUAAUUUCUAUACCUCCGGAAGAACUGAUUUUGCCUACUAAUGAUGGUUCUACAAUAUCGAUUCCUAUCCCCAGUUCACAUAUUGGGAAGAAGCCUAUACAUGUUAAAUUGCUUAGUACAAAACGGAGAAUAGGAAUGGUAGGCUCGGCGAGAGCAGGAAGUGAAUUGUUAGGGCCUUCGGAGUCAUUAGCAAUUCACUGCCACGGUGGUGGGUUUGUGUCGCAAAGCUCACAAUCCCAUGAUAUUUACUUGCGAGAGUGGGCUACAACUUUGGACAUACCAAUAUUAUGCAUCGAUUAUAGUUUGGCUCCCGAAGCUCCUUUCCCCCGUGCUCUCGAAGACGUGUUAUAUUCUUACUGUUGGGCACUUAAACACGCCAGUACAUUACUUGGAAGUAUUGCUCAGAAAGUAAUUAUGAUCGGAGAUUCAGCGGGAGGAAAUUUAAUUCUUGCGGCUACUCAAAAAUGCCUGGAAUUAAAUAUAAGAAAGCCCGAUGGAUUAUUCUUGGCUUAUACACCAAUGUUGGUAGAAUUUGUUCCGUCACCUUCUAGAUUGCUUUGUCUUACCGACCCAAUGCUGCCAUUUGGCUUUAUGAUGAACUGCUUGAAAGCCUAUGUGAAAGGGAAUUCCAACGAAGACCAAAGGGAAAGUACCCAAGACGAAGAAUGUAUAAAAUCUGACACCGAAUCAUUUGCCGAAGUCAGUGAAAGUGAUCUUUUUGCUCUAGCACUUAGUCCUAAUGGCGAUGAGACUAACGAAGAACAGAAACUAGCUUCUUUGCCAUCAGAUUCUACCUUAAAUUCCGUCAGCUCAGCAGAAGUUGAUGCUACUCAAGGUACAGCAGGCCCAGAAGUUGUUAAAGAUGAAGCUGUAUCUCAAGAGUAUAUUAGAAAAUUUGUAAAUAUGUAUAAGAAUGCAUAUUUUGGAACGGCAGCACCUAUGGCUAAUGGAAGUGACAGCGAAGAGUGUAACGGUACUAAUAGCAGCAAAUCGUGGUCAUUUUUUGGGUGGUCUAUUGGAAAACAAAAAGAACUUAGGGAACUGGAUGCAAUGGGAGAAAGAAGUCCAAUCGAGGAAUUCGCAUUUACAGUGCCAAAGGAUCCACUUUUAAGUCCGUAUCUUGUAUCUGACGAUGUUUUAAAACAAAUGCCACCGAUGAAAAUUUUGACUAUGGAUUUUGAUCCAUGCUUGGACGAUUGCAUUAUGUUUGCACUUAAGCUGAAAUCUCUGGGAAAACAAAUUACUCUUGAUGUUUUACAUGACUUGCCCCAUGGUUUUCUCAAUUUUUCCACGGUAUCAAAAAUAACACACGAAGGCUCCUUAGUUUGCAUAAAAAGAAUAAAAGAGUUGCUGGAUGCUUAAUUAGGAAAAGCUGAAUGCAGAUGGAUAAGAAUUGUUUACAAUUAUGCUUUUUAAAUUUCAAUUCAGUUGCGUGUCAAAGACCUGUCGAGCCAUGAGCUUCAUAAAUGCUGACGUGUUGUAUUACAAAUAAUUAAUACAAACAGAAGCUACGUUAUUUGUAUAUUCUCAAUCGAAAAGGUUUGUAUUCAACAUGUGUGUCGAUUUUAAUGCUUUCGUGAUGUUUUGUUUAACUGAUUUAAGAAAGUUGAAUGAGAAGUACUUUAAGAAAAAUAUCUUUUAUAUUAUGUCAAGUUAUGGAGAGGUUUAUGUAUAUAUUGUUCAAUGGCUAUUAUUUCUAUUACUUGUUGAUAAUUUAUCUAACCACCGUUCAUACGUAUUCUUUAACUCUUUUAUCAAAUUUUUUACCCUAACACUUUUGAUACUAUCUCUUUACUGCUUAAGAUCACGUUUGCAGCGAUGUACAGUUAAAAAUGUAUGACCUUAUUGGUACCUGCAAUUGUAAAUUUUCUAGCCUAACAGCAAAAUACUAAUGUACUACGUACCAAGUACCUUGCAUAUUAAAUAUUAUAGAUCGUGUUAGGUAGGCUAAGUCUCUGUGAAAUUUAUGUAAAAAUUGAAUGUAUUACGAACAGUAGUUUCAUGUCAUGUUAAUAAUUGAAAAUAAAUAAUCGCACAUUAUUUUGAA